AGCAAGCGUGGAGGAUAUGCGCUUUGCAGCAAAGUCCUGCUUUACUCCACACACGCUUCUAAGCCUCGGCACAUCUCCUCACAUCGCUACUAACUACACUUUAUUCAUCCUCCGUGUCAGGAUAAACUCCACUCGUCUCAGUCAACUUUGGACAUUAUUAGGCCCGCUUAGCUUGCUAGUUGUUUUAGCGCGCUAGUUAGCUUAGCAUGCUAGUUAGCUUAGCUUGUUAGCUGCUAACAAAGAGACGCAGAUUUUAUCAACACAUCGCUUAGUUAAGAUCAAGUGUGAGUGUAAAGUGUUGUGAUUGUGUCAAAAUGUGCGAAAGAACGAUAGCAGGAAUGUUGUCCAACAAAUGAGGAGAAGGAGCGACUACUGGACGCUGUUUCCAAGAAACAUCAAGUUAUGUUACACAGAACAGACGUCUGUGAAGAACAUCUUCACCCUGAGCAACAGCAGUGGAGCUUCAGGAUGCGGACGAAGGAGCCACAGCCCUCCCACGUUAAGAAGGAAGAGGAAUACCCACUCAUCCCCCAUUUUAAAAAGAUAGAGGAGGACCCACUGACACCCCAUUGUAAAGAGGAAGAGGAGGACCCACUGACACCCCAUUUUAAAGAGGAAGUGGUGGAUCCACUGAUCCCUCACAUUAAGGAGGAAGAGGUGGAUCCACUGACACCCCAUUUUAAAGAGGAAAAGGAGGACCCACUGACACCCCAUUUUAAAGAGGAAGUGGUGGAUCCACUGAUCCCUCACAUUAAGGAGGAAGAGGUGGAUCCACUGACACCCCAUUUUAAAGAGGAAGAGGAGGACCCACUGACACAAUAUUUUAAAGAGGAAGAGGAGGACCCACUGACACCCAAUUUUAAAGAGAAAGCGGUGGAUUCACUGAGCCCUCUCGUUAAGGACGAAGAGGAGGACCCACUGACCCCUCACAUUAAAGAGGAAGAGGAGGAACACAGCAUCAGUCAGCAGGGAGAGCAUAUUGAAGGACUGGAGGAGGUUGAUGUCACCAAGAUGCCAGGGACUGGUGUCCCUGUGAAGAGUGAAGGUGAUGAGGUCAAAGGUGAGAGUGAGGAGAAGAGAGAGGCGGAGCCUCCAAGCAGCAGCUCAACACAACACAUGACAACAGAAGCUGAUGGAGACCACUGUGGAGGAUCACAAGCAGACAAGCUGUUAGCUCCACUAUCAGAUAGUGAGGACACAACGUCACACUCUCAUGACACUGAUGAUGAAGACUCUAAAGAUGAUAAGACAUGUCACACUGACAACACUCACUUGAAAUGUUCUCUCUGUGACAAAACUUUUAAAGACCGUUGCAAUAUGAAAAGACACAUGAAAAGACACACUGGAGGAAAACCUUUUUCAUGUUCAAUCUGCGGUAAAGAUUUUACUCUAAGGCACAAUUUGAAAGAACACAUGAGAAUACACACCGGAGAAAAACCUUUUUUAUGUUCAAUCUGCGGUAAAGAUUUUACAAAAAGGCAACAUUUGAAAGCACACAUGAGAACACACACCGGAGAAAAACCUUUUUCAUGUUCAAUCUGCAGUAAAGAUUUUACUCUAAGGCACCAUUUGAAAGAACACAUGAGAAUACACACCGGAGAAAAACCUUUUUCAUGUUCAAUCUGUGGUAAAGAUUUUAUAAAAAGGCAACAUUUGAAAGCACACAUGAGAACACACACCGGAGAAAAACCUUUUUCAUGUUCAAUCUGCGGUAAAGAUAUUACUCAUAGACACGAUUUGAAAAUACACAUGAGAAUACACACUGGAGAAAAACCUUUUUCCUGCUCAGAAUGUGGUAAAAGUUUUGUAAGAAAGCAAAGUUUAAAAGCACACAUGAGAACACACACUGGAGAAAAACCUUUUUCAUGUACAAUCUGCGGUAAAGAUUUUACUCAUAGGCAACAUUUGCAAAUACACAUGAGAAUACACACUGGGGAAAAACCUUUUUCCUGCUCAGAAUGUGGUAAAAGUUUUGUAAGAAAUCAAAGUUUAAAAGAACACAUGAGAACACACACUGGAGAAAAACCUUUUUCAUGUUCAAUCUGCAGUAAAGAUUUUACUCAUAGGCCACAUUUGAAAGUACACAUGAGAACACACACUGGAGAAAAACCUUUUUUAUGUUCAAUCUGCGGUAAAGAUUUUACUCAUAGGCCACAUUUGAAAGUACACAUGAGAACACACACUGGAGAACAACCUUUUUCAUGUUCAAUCUGCGGUAAAGAGUUUACUCGAAGGGAAAAUUUCAAAAAGCACAUGAGAAUACACACUGGAGAAAAACCUUUUUCCUGUUCAAUCUGCAGUAAAUAUUUUGCUCAAAGGCACUAUUUGAAAAAACACAUGAGUACACACACUGGAGAAAAGCCUUAUACAUGUUCAGUAUGUUGUAAAAGUUUUAUACAAAGUCAGCAUUUGAAAAGACACAUGAGAACACACACAGGUGAGAAAGUGUUGAGUUGCAGUGUGUGUGGUGAAAGAUUCUCUUCUAAGUACCAGUGUAAGAAACACAAGUGUGCUGGUGAGAACAGCAGCAGCAAAUGAAGAUGCAGGAUUUGAAAUAAACUGUCGAAACUUUAACUUUGACCUUCUAACAACAUCAGCACAUAGAUUCUAACAUUUAUAGAUGAGAUAUUUUAGAUUAUUGCUUUUUACAGUCAAGUACACGUUUUAAUAUACAACAUUGUGUACUUUUAUUUAAAAAUGAACACAACACUUUGACUGUAAAGGUGAACAUAAACAGGACAAAACUUGUUACAAAUACUUUUUAUGUGCAUAGAGAUAUUUAGAAAUCAUUUUUAAUGAUUUUAUAGAUGAACUCCUUUAUAUGAUGUACAUAUUUGUCUUACAUUUGUUCAUACCUUUGCUUAUAAGUACACAUAAAUCCCUCUUAGCUCAUAUUUACUGGUUCACAUCUGAAACAUCUUCUGGACCACUUCUGGAAGCAUAUUAUUAUUUACUUUAUACAUAAUUUGAGCAGUUGUCUUUUAUACAAGAUCAUUUACUUUUAAAAUGUGUGACUUUAUGAAUCAUUUAUUGGGUCUCAAUAAUCCAUUCUUUUAAUUAUCUUUAUUACUCUGUUUUGUAAUAUAAAUAUUGUUUUAUAUGUAAGUCCCCUUUAUGCAAUAUGUAGAUUAGAGAAAAUAGCAACAUUAUAUGUGGAAGGUUAUGAAGGAUGGUUUUGUUUUUAAUAAUCUGCGUUUCUAAUUAAAAAACUACACAUGACAA